AUGUCCCCCGUUUCAAAGAAAUAUCGACAAAUGAAACCAGAGAACUUAAACGUUCUGGGACUGAAAAUGAAUCUUGAGAACUGGGAGAAAGUAUAUUCCGAAUGGGAUGUGGAUGACAAGGUCUCAGUCUUUAACUCUAUCGUCAUCUGUAUGCUUGAUGAAGCCAUACCCGUGAGAACAGUUCGCGCACACUGUACGGACAAACCGUGGAUGACCCCCAAUAUCAAAGCGUUGACAAAAGCAAGACAGAGAGCAUUUACGAAAGGGGAGACACCGAAGUAUAAAAGUUUACAUGCAAAAGUCACCAAGCUGAUAUCCAACGCUAAAGCUACGUACUACAAAUCCAAGGCUGAAGGCAGCCAUCAAUCCAAUCCCGCCAAAUGGUAUAAAACGAUUUACAAGCUAGCGGCAGCAACCGAAGAUCAACAAUCUCUGUCCUCGCCUGACCACGCUAACUUAGUGGAAAUCGCUGACAGACUACAAAGAAGUUUUAUUAAGCCUUGGCUAGAUAUUCAACCAGAUCCUCCCAGACUUCAAGCGGUAGAGCAUUUGCUCAAGGACAGCCACCCACCUCUACCAUCCAUUGGCCAAGCCAAAACCGUCCUAAAACACAUAAAUCCUAGGAAAGCUACUGGGUCGGAUAAUAUCCCUGCAUGGUAUCUUAAACGGUACGCAGAAGAAUUAGCACCAGUGGUCCACGAUAUUGUGGUUGCAAGCAUAGUUCAAUGCAAAUAUCCGUCACCAAAGAUCCGUCCACCCACAGACCUAGAUAGUGACUUCCGCCAAGUUUCCGUGCUACCACAACUAGCAAAAGUUAUCGAGAAGCUACAGUUCCAACUCAAUAAAUCCAGUUUCAAGAUCAAAACAAACCAGCACGCUUUUACGAGCGGUCACUCCAUCAUAUCUCAGAACUGGUUCGACUCAACGGACAACUCCUCAACCGGUAGACAAGGUGUCCACGCCCUAUUUGUUGAUUUCCGGAAGGCGUUUGAUCAUGGUCGACCACAAGAUCCUUCUGGACAAGCUUGCUGA